CAACUUGACAUCCAUGGACCUAUUAUUUUAGUAGAAAGCGUAGAAAGCAAACAUCAACAUUGAGUUUACAGAAAACAAUCUAAAAAUCCUCACCAAUUGGUUUCUUAUUAACAAAACUAUAUCAUCCAUGCAGUGCAAUUGUUACAAAUCUUUAAAGAACUAAGGAAUCAAGGAUGAGUGAAAUCUUCGUAAAUCGUUGCCGAGCUUGUGCCGUUCUGCAGGAAUGUUCCAACAAAAUGGUAUUUCUAUUCGACAAAAAGUUGUCUGAAAUGUUCAAGGACUGCACAUCGUUGGAGAUAAACACAAACGACAGUCUUCCAAGUUACAUAUGCUUUGAAUGCUUCGGACAUUUGUCCAAUUUCAACAAAUUUCGUCAAAGUUGUAUCACUUCGGAUGCCUACUUUCGGGAACAGAUCAUAGCUGAACAGAUAAAAGAGGAACCGCUAAUAGGCGUUAGCGUUAAACUUGAAGAACAUCCAGCAAAUGAAGACUUCGAAUCCGAAUUGUUUGAAACUGAAUAUAUUGACGAUGUUGACGACGAUUUCGAAGAGUACGAUUCAGACUAUACACCUCAGAAUGAUGUGGCAUCCGCAGACGAUACCAAUUCGAAUUCAAAUACCGGUGAAAAAUACAUUUGCGAUUAUUGUGGCCAAGUGUUUAGCAGGAAGAGUUACAUCGGAGCGCACAUGACCAAGCACAAAAAUGGUCCAGCUCAGACCAGCUUCCCAUGCACUGUAGAAGGUUGCAGCAAAGUUUUUAACACAAGAAAAUCGAUCAAUAGACACAGAUUAAAAGUGCACAAAUUGAAAGCAGGACCACGUCCGAAGGUCACUGUCGAAAGCGAGAAAAUAGUAAAAUUCAACUGCCAGGAAUGUCCCAAAUGGUUUACAAUGCAACUGAAAUUGGAUGCGCAUAUCCGAUCGUACCAUCACGGAUUGAAGGGAUACAAAUGUGAACAUUGCGAGAAAGAGUUCUGCAAAUAUCGAUCGUACAAUAGUCAUUUACGAAAUCGACAUGGUACAGAUGAAACAGAAAAACAUUACUGCACGUACGAUGGAUGCGAUAGAGUUUAUAACGCGCAAGACUCAUUGAGAAAGCACAUUAAACGAUUUCAUUUGGGAGAAGCACCUCCACCAGUGAAUCGAAAACUCAUUUGUGAUCAAUGUGGACGAUCAUUCAAAAAUGGAUUUAGUUUGAAGGAACAUAGCUAUUCGCAUUCUGGAAUUACGCCGUUUGCGUGUAACAUAUGCCCGAAAAAGUUUAUUUCGAAUUACAAACUCAAAAUUCACACCAUGCGCCAUAUGAAUGUGAAACCCUUUGAAUGUCCAACGUGUGGACUACGGAAAACUACUAACAAAGAGCUGAAGGCACACCUUAAUUUUCAUUCGAAGGAAAUAACGUAUCCGUGUAAAGAAUGUCCUCGCGUGUUUCCGAGUUACAGUGCAGUCAAUCGGCAUGUACGAAUCCAUCAUCGUAAUCAUAAACCAUACAUUUGUCCCCAUUGUGAACGCGCAUUUGCAAAGGCUGAGACAAUGAAAAAUCAUGUCAUGACACAUACUGGUGAGAAACCGUUUUCCUGUUCCGUCUGUGGUCAUCGUUUCAUUCAGUCUGUUGCUUUGAAAGCACACAUGAAAGUCCAUGAAAAAGGAGUGAAGUAAGUGGUUGUAUCAGUAAUAAAUGAAAAUUGUAAGACCAAUUAUGAGCUUCAAUAAAUUGAUAGACAUAACAAGA